AUGUCCUUUAAAAACAAGCAGUCUCAUAAGAUUUUCAGCAGUGCAGUAAACUCAAGGAUUCAUGGCAGAGUCCACACUGGGGAAAAACCUCAUGAAUGUAAAGAGUAUGGCAAAUGUUUUAGCAUAGCAAGAAACCUAAGGACUCAUGAAAGAGUUCACACUGGUGAAAAGCCAUUUGAAUGUAAACAGUGUGACAAGUGUUUUAGUCAAAAAGCACAACUAAAGAUUCAUGAAAGAGUUCACACUGGGGAGAAGCCUUUUGAAUGUAAACAGUGUGGCAAGUGUUUUAGUCAGGUGGGACAUCUAAGGAUUCAUGGAAGAAUUCACACUGGAGAAAAGCCAUUUGAAUGUAAACAGUGUGACAAGUGUUUUGGUCGAAAAGCACAACUAAAGAUUCAUGAAAGAGUUCACACUGGGGAGAAGCCUUUUGAAUGUAAACAGUGUGGCAAGUUUUUUAGUCAGGUGGGACAUCUAAGGAUACAUGAAAGAAUUCACACUGGGGAAAAGCCUUAUGAAUGUACACAAUGUGGAAAGUGUUUUACAGUAUCAAGCAGACUGAAGGAUCACAAACUAUUUCACACUGGGGAAAAGCCUUUUGAAUGUAAACAGUGUGGCAAGUGUUUUAGUCAAGUGAGACAUCUAAGGAUUCAUGGAAGAAUUCACACUAGAGAAAAACCCUAUGAAUGUAAACAGUGUGGCAAGUGUUUUAGUGUUGCAGGAAACCUAAGGGCUCAUGAAAGAGCCCACACUGGGGAAAAGCCUUAUGAAUGCAAACACUGUGGCAAGUGUUUUAGUCGUACAAGCUGUUUAAAGAUACAUGAAAGAAUUCACACUGGGGAAAAGCCUUAUGAAUGUAAACAGUGUGGCAAGUGUUUCAGGCAAGCAGGAGAUCUAACACGUCACGAAAGAGGUCACACUGGUGAAAAGCAUUAUGAAUGUAAACAGUGUGGCACGUUUUUUAGCCGAGUAGGAUACCUAACACGUCAUGAAACAGUUCAUACUGGGGAAAAGCCUUAUGAAUGUAAACAGUGUGGCAAAUGUUUUAGUGAAGUAGGAUCCCUAAGGACUCACGAAAGAGUUCACACUGGGGAAAAGCCUUAUGAAUGUAGACAGUGUGGCAAGUGUUUUAGUCAAACAGGAAACUUAAGAGCACACGAAAAAAAACAC